AAGAAAAAAGAUGGCGGCGGGCUCGGAUCUGCUGGAUGAGGUUUUCCUGAACGCGGAGGUGGAUGAGAAGGUGGUGAGCGACCUAGUGGGCUCGCUGGAGUCCCAGCUGGCGGCCUCCGGGCACCACCGAGGCCACCACCGGCCUCCCGAGGGACUCCGGGCCGCCGCCAACGCCGCCACCGGGCAGCUGCUGGGGAACCAUGUCGUGAGCGGCGGAGGAGGCGGCGGAGGAGGAGGAAGCCCCAGCCCCGGAGGAGGAGGAGGGGGAGGCAAUGCCAGUGGCCAAACAGGGAGCCCCGGCACCACCACCUCCUCCUCCUCCUCUUCCUCCUCCUCCACAACCACUGCCGUCACCAGUAACGCCGCCAAGAUGGGACUCAGUGGCCCAGAGACCACCAAGCCAGGAGCUGGUGGAGCGCAAGGGAGUGUUAUCAAUCAUAAUGCCAGGUCCCAGGGUUCCACUUUGGAUGGAGCCACCACCACCAGCGUCAGCACCACUACAAAUGUUCAAGGUGGAUCUGAAGCUGCUGUCACCCCAGGGACCCUCAGCCAGGGCAAGUCAGUAGUCAUCAGCACCAUGGCGACAGCGUUAUCUACCAGGAAUGGUAAAAUUGGGUCCACAGCGGUACAAACUUUGAACGGGAGUAAUGUGGUGAUGAAUUCUCACACUUCUUUCACGGCUACCCCUGCAACGGCGAACCCUGCCAUUGUCCCAGCUGUCACCCCUCUUGUUAACAAUGGACCUGGAAAUGUGGGGAAAGUCAGUACUGUUAAUGCCUUGUUGCCAUCUGCUUCAAAUACUGUCAUCCAGACUUCUUUUCUUGGCACUGGGGUGUCCUCAGCUUCUUCGCCCUCGCCCACGGUGAUAUCCUCACAACAGCCCCCGGGCCUUGGUCCUGGAGGGCCAACGGUAGCAUUGGUGAGGCCGCCCAUUCAUGCAGCAGGACCUUCGGUAGCUGCAGCCACUCAGAAUGGGAGCAAUACUGUGAUCAAUUCAACCAUCAGUGUGGGAAGUUUUCCUGCUGCAGCUGUUGCUGCAGCCACUGUGGGUUCUGGGGUUUCCCUCCAGACCUCUCUUGUGAACAGUCAGCCUGGUUCUGGCGUACCGACUGCACCCACCACACAAGUCAUAAAGUCGGAGUCUCCUAAAACUAUUGUGCAGACAGUAACCCAACAGCAGACCCUGGCUGCUGGUGGCCAGCCCAGUACUACAGGGGGUAAUAUGAUUAUUGGGCAAACUAUGCAAGCUGGCCUGCCCAAUGUGGCCCCUAAUCCUGGUGGAGUACCUCCUGCGCCAGGCACUCCCACUGGCCUGGCAAAGGGAGCUGCCAAUACAGUCACACAGAGUAUGCCAAGGACUCCAGCAGCAACUACAAGUGGAAUCAGAGCAACUUUGACUCCUACUGUUUUAGCACCUCGUCAGCCUCCUCAGAAUCCAACAAAUAUUCAGAACUUUCAGUUACCACCAGGCAUGGUCCUGGUGCGUAGCGAGAAUGGCCAGUUAUUGAUGAUCCCUCAACAUGCUUUGGCACAGAUGCAGGCCCAAGCACAUGCACAGUCCCAGUCUCAAACGACCAUGACUCCUCGCCCUGCCACACCUACCAGUGCUUCUCCAGUACAGCUCUCGACUGUGCAGGUCAGUUCACUGAGAAAUGCUCCUGGAACGCCUAUAAUCGCACGGCAGGUGGCCCCGACCACUAUAAUCAAGCAAGUGUCUCAGGCACAGACAACUGUACAGCCCACAACAACGUUACAGAGGCCGCCUGUAGUUCAGCCUCAGAUUGUUUUGGGUAGUCCAGCACAAACGACAACAUUAGGAACAGCAACUGCGGUGCAGACUGGAACUCCUCAGAGGACGGUGCAAGGAGCCACAGCGACCUCAACUGUGGCCACAGAAACCAUGGAAAAUGUGAAGAAAUGCAAGAAUUUCCUCUCUACGUUAAUAAAACUGGCCUCUUCUGGAAAGCAGUCUACAGAGACUGCAGCUAAUGUGAAAGAACUAGUUCAGAACCUACUGGAUGGAAAAAUAGAAGCAGAAGAUUUCACCAGCAGGUUAUACCGGGAACUUAAUUCUUCACCUCAACCUUACCUUGUGCCUUUCUUGAAGCGGAGCUUGCCUGCCUUGAGACAGCUGACUCCAGACUCAGCAGCGUUUAUUCAGCAAAGCCAGCAUCAGCAGCCCACGACGCAGCCCACGACUGCUCUCACGGCUGUGAUGCUGAGCAGCUCGGUUCAGCGGACAGCCGGGAAGACCACCGCCACCGUAACGAGUACCUUGCAACAGCCGGUCAUCAGUCUAACGCAACCGACGCAAGUUGGGGUUGGCAAACAAGGGCAGCCCACGCAGGUGGUUAUCCAGCAGUCUCAAAAACCAGGCACAUUGAUUCGGCCUCCACAGGUGACAUUGACACAGACUCCCAUGGUUGCCUUGAGGCCGCCACACAACCGUAUUAUGCUCACUGCUCCUCAACAAAUUCAGCUGAAUCCACUUCAGACAGUACCUGUGGUAAAACAGACAGUAUUACCUGGAACCAAAGCUCUUUCUACACUUUCAAGUCAAGCAGCUGCUGCUCAAAAAAAUAAACUCAAAGAACCUGGGGGAGGUUCUUUUAGGGAUGACGAUGAUAUUAAUGACGUUGCAUCGAUGGCAGGAGUUAACCUAUCGGAAGAGAGUGCGCGUAUAUUGGCCACCAAUUCUGAAUUGGUCGGUACAUUAACACGGUCGUGUAAAGACGAAACGUUCCUUCUUCCAGCACCUUUGCAAAGAAGGAUAUUAGAAAUAGGUAAAAAACACGGAAUAACGGAAAUCCAUCCUGAUGUAGUUAGCUAUGUAUCGCAUGCAACGCAGCAAAGGUUACAAACGCUAGUUGAGAAGGUAUCAGAAACGGCUCAGCAAAAGAAUCUUUCUUACAAGGAUGAUGAAAGAUACGACCAAGCAAGUGAUGUUCGGGCGCAGCUGAAGUUCUUUGAACAACUUGAUCAAAUAGAAAAACAGCGGAAAGAUGAACAAGAAAGGGAAAUUUUAAUGCGUGCAGCAAAGUCUCGAUCUAGACAAGAAGAUCCAGAGCAGCUAAGGUUGAAACAGAAGGCCAAGGAGAUGCAGCAGCAGGAAUUAGCACAAAUGAGACAGAGGGAUGCCAACUUAACUGCACUGGCUGCAAUAGGGCCCAGAAAGAAGAGGAAAGUGGACUCCCCAGGCGCUGGAUCAGGGACAGAGGGAUCCAGUGCAAGCAUAGCAGUCCCAGGCAGCUCCGGUGUCGGAACGACGAGGCAGUUUACACGGCAAAGGAUAACGCGGGUGAACCUCAGGGACCUCAUAUUUUGUUUAGAAAAUGAGCGAGAGACAAGCCAUUCAUUAUUGCUAUACAAAGCAUUCCUUAAGUAAAAGUGGAGAAGAUCAAGGUAUUUUUUGGCGGAAGAAGACACCCGGGGACACUUUUUUUUAAUAUAUAUUUGCAGAUUGCGCCUUUUUGUAACGAGCAUAUGGGAAUAUUGUUUUCAGAAACACGCACCCCAUCAAGAGCAACCACCACCACACCACUCUGAGACGACCACCUCUUUAAAUGGGAAUGUUUUCUAUUCCCAUUUGUUAUAAACUCUUUUGGUGUCAGAGCAGCGAUCCCUUUCUUUGACAGUAAGGAGACUUGCAAAGGCCUGAGGAGACAAUAGGAGGACAAUUUAAAGUUUUACUCAUCUCUUUGAUUGAGUGGCCUUCUUGCCAAACAAGCCAUAUUAUAGAGACUGGAUGGAACCGUUUAGCAAAUAACCAGCUACUCUGUGUCAGAUCCUGUAGCAAUUUCAACAUGAAUUGUGCAUUUUAGUUCAGUUUUCCUUAACUAAAUCAAUAUAAGUCUAUGUCUACAGCAGAUGACCUCAUUUUAUUUUAGCUUUUAAAAGGAGUCGGUUAGCAAAGCAAACUGAUUUUUUUAAAGAAAUAUUUAUCUUUUCCUGCCCCAAAUUGUUCAAAUUCUAGAUUACACUUAAUUUUAAGCGUAACCUCAAUUCUUUUAAUCUUGUUAUUACCGCUUAUUAGAGGCACCCCGCCCAACUCUGAAGGGACCCGCAAAGGAGGGUCACUUCUGAAUGUUUUAUCAGCAUCUGUAAAAAAAAAAAAUACGAAAAAGGAAAAAAAGAAAUACAUUUUAUUUGCUAUAGUUUGUAAAGCUGUAAAGUUUAAAACGGAAAAAAAGAAAAAAGAAAAAAAGAAAUCUUUUCAGCAUAAUUAUAUUUUACUUGCACUGUGUUUUUAGCGAAAGUGAAAGCUUAGAUUAAUUAAAAAUCAAAGUUAAGAGGAAUCAUCAAAAAAAGACAGUUUCUCAGUGUGAAAUCAAGUGUUGAAAAAAAUGGUUGGUGUAUUUUGUCAGUAAUUGUACAUAAUUUUUGGCACAUAACAUUAAAAAAAAUGGCUAUGUAAACUAUAAUUAUUUUGCUAAAAGACUGUAUGCAAGCUAUGGGCUUUACUUUAAAGACGUCCAGAGCAAAAUUCCCCUCUUUGUACCUAUUUUUUUAUUACAAAUAUACUAAUUGGUUCUUUAUAUUUUCAGAGGUUAUUGUAUUAAAUUGUCUAUUGAUAGUACUUUUAUGACUGUAAAUAUGUCGGCUUUCUUUGUGUGAACUCUCUCAUGUUAGACUUUAAGGGCAUGAACCACCCUGAACGUUUCCUGUGCAAAUCCUAUUGCGAUGAAGGGAGCUGUACUUGGACUUGGCAUUGAUUUCAAGGGAGCCUUGGGCAAGAAGCGUUUCUGGUGGAUUGCACCUUAACUCUUUUUGUGUGUAAACUGAAUGCUGAUCAGUAUUUUUAUCAACACCCAACAAACUGUUACACCUUUUUAUUUUGUCUUUUAGGGAAGAAAAAAAAAAGAAACCCUGUUUUCCAUUUUUUUUCAUGUAAAUUUUGCACAGUUCCUUGUUCAUAUGUAAAUAUUUUACUUUCAAAAAUGAAGUUUUUAAUUGCUAUUGUUUUAUAUAGGAUUGAAAGAAAAUUAACUCCUUUAUUAAAAACAAAUUUAUCUGUA